AUGGCUGUCUACCACAACCUUGGGCAUGGAUGUAUAAAUGAUUCUGACCGUCAAAGACGGAGGAGGGGGAUCGGAGUUGCUGGAGUGGCGGGAUCGACCCUCGAGUUACUCCGAGCCGAGAUCGUCAUGUCAACUAUCACAGCUCUCGAUGGUCUUUCUCCACCUCCCUCUCAGCUUCCUGCUAACAGUGAGCUUAUCACUGCCACCUCAACUUCUCGUGCCGAUUGCUCCCGUGAAUCCCUCGAUCUUGCAGUCGGCUGGAGCCGUGGAUCCUGCGCAGAUCCAAUGGUUCAUGCCACUAAGGGGACAGCGUCCUUUCGCAUCUGCCUAAUACCCCCACUGGUUGAUGAGUACGCUGUCUUGCUGCCACGAGCUGGUCUACCUAUUUACAUGCCUGCUCAGUUGCUAUUUUCUUUUUCACAAUGGCUAAGGAAUGCUGAGCUUUUUGGCUCCAUUCCUGCAUUGAUGCCAGAGUCCGAUAUGGCUUUGGUGAUGAUUCUGUUGAGGAUCAACGUGAGCAGGCCAGAGCACUGA